UCUCAAAAUGUACGUAGCAUUGGGAUUAGUGUUGUUAUGUUUCGUGGUGCUCGCUGUGUGGACGACGUGGUUCAGACAGAGACUUGAUGCACCUCCUAUGAUGCCAGGCUUGCUCCCGAUUAUAGGACAUGCACAUGCCCUUAUCGGAGACCGCAAACAUUAUUGGAAAUUUAUUCAGAAUAUCAACGCAACAUCAUUUGAACGUGGUGGAGCCAUUGAAUUCUGGAUGGUCUAUAUGAGAUAUUAUAUUUUAACCGAUCCAGAUGAUUGUCUUACACUAUCUAACACAUGCUUUAAUAAACCUUACGUCUACGACUUUGCCAAGGACUUCUUAAAUAACGGAUUUGUGACAGCGGAUGCUUCUAUAUGGAAAGCUCAUCGCAAAUUAUUAAACCCUUCGUUCAACCAGCAAGUCAUAUACACAUUCAUUGAUGAAAUAAACUUGCAAGCUCGAAAUCUUGUCUUGAGUUUGAAAAAUGAACUGGGAAGAAAGCCUUUCGACGUCCGGCCCUACUUUAUCAGCUUCACAGUUUCUACUGCUAUUCGAUCUAGUCUUGGGCUAGAAGCCGAAGACCAAAAGAAUGUAGACCGAAAGUAUUGCGAGACUAUAGACGAUUUGUUUGCUCUGUACUGUGACAGAACCCAGAAAGUGUGGUUGCAUAUCGAUUGGGUGUUUAACUUAAGCGAAAUGAAACGCAAACAAGACAAACUUACAAACUCCUUGAAAAAUAUAAUUUGUCCUAUUAUACAGAAAAGGAAAGCCGAGAUAAUGACUAAAAUAGAAACAUCGUCGUUUGAGAAUAAAUCCGGUAAAUUUGAACCAAUUCUCGAUCAGAUGCUUCAAAUGGCAAACGAGCAAAAUGGGUUCACAGAUGAAAUUAUCAGAGAACACUUAGAUACUUUUAUAGCAGCAUCAUAUGACACGACGUCUUCAUCUAUGGUCUUCACGAUGUUGGCAAUUGCGUCAUAUCCAGAAAUACAGAAUAGAAUUUAUAACGAAAUACAAGAAGUUUUGCCGAACAAAGACGAUGACUUUUCAAAACAAGACCUACAAAAACUUGUGUACUUAGAAGCAGUUAUAAAAGAAUCAUUAAGAUUGUACAGUAUAAUUCCAGUUGUAGCGAGAAAAGUAGAAGUAGAUGUUAAACUGAAAAACUAUACGCUGCGUGCCAACAGCACUUGUAUCAUUGGUUUGUAUGCUCUCCAUCGUCAUCCUCUCUGGGGUCCCGACGUAAAUGAGUUCAAACCAGAGCGCUGGUUGGACCCCAGCAGAUUACCUACAAAUCCUAACCUCUUCGCUCCGUUUAGCAUCGGAAAACGAAAUUGCAUAGGCAAAACAUUCGGCAUGCUGAUGAUGAAGAUAGCACUAGCACACAUAGUACGACAAUAUCACAUUUCUGGGAGCAUCCAUAAUAUAGAAUGUGAAUUUGAUAUAAUAUUGAAACCCGUAUCAGGUCAUCAGAUUGGAUUGAAACUAAGAUCGUGAAGAUAAACAACAACGGAGUAUCGUAUAAUUUUAACGACAAUAAUGCCCCAAAAUAUUUUUAUUUAAUUCUUAAAUAAUAAUUGGAUGACCCAGCUUUACUCGGAAUUUCUUUAGAAAAAAAAAUAGAACAAAACAUAAACGUUUGGACCAAGUAUUGAACCCGAGUGUUCUACAGUGGGAGGCAUUUCCCUGCUAAGCUAUGGCGCUAUGACGAAAUUUAGCAUGGAAAAUAAUAAUCUUCCUAAAAAAAAAAUCUCCAGCGAUCUGUGGCCGACUAUAAAAAUGGAUCUUCGAAUAACAAAACUAAACUUCUGAAUAGAAUAUUGAACUUCCGACAAAAUUACUUAUGCCCGAAUAUCGAAACUAUACUCAAUUUUAUUUUUAAAACGCCAGAGAUGGCACGAUAUUUAAACGCAACUUAAAAUUGAGUACCCGUUCAG